UUCCCCCAAAGUCUAUCAUCAUUCAUCAUUCAUCAUUCUUCUGUUCUGUGAUCGCUCCUACCAGUCAAACAGACUGGUGAGAUACUUUCUGCAAUGGAGGCUGCCAAAUUUUCCGCGAUGCAUUUCUCGUGUCGCCUGAUUCGGAAACCUAGUUUCUUCAGGCAUGCAAUUGAUACUGUAAUGUUGGAUACUAUAGAACGCGCACAUUUACGAAGCUCCUUCAUUGAUAGUAAUAUGUGUCCAAAGAAGCGAUGCAAUCUCGUUUUGAGUGGAAAUUCUCGAGUAGGAGCUACUUCUAUACCUUUUCUCCGAGGCCUAACUUCAAGAGCAGUAGCAUCUAGAUCACGCUCGUCGGUUUCAUGCAAAGUUACAAAAGAAGAAUCCGGCGGAACCUUCUCGAGUGGCGAAAGCAUCUUACUGAACGAACAAACAUUAGAGCGUGAACUACAGACAGCCAUUGAAGAAGAGAACUACGCACAAGCAGCAAAAAUCAGGGAUAGCCUGAAACUUCUCCAAGAAGACAGCAAAGCUUCAGUACUAUCAGCAAAUGCAAGAUUUUAUAACUCAUUCAGAAACGGCGAUUUAGCUGCUAUGCAAUCUCUCUGGUCAAAGGGCGAGCAUGUGUGUGUUGUGCACCCUGGAGUGAGUGGAAUAUCGGGCUACGAUCUUGUGAUGGGGAGUUGGGAAUUCGUGUGGGCGGACUAUGAAUUCCCUUUGGAAAUCGAGAUUAAAGAUGUUCAGGUUCACGUGAGAGGCGAUAUGGGUUAUGUGACCUGCAUUGAAAUGGUGAAGACAAAGGGCAGUAGCUGGGGAAGACAUUUUGCUACUAAUGUUUUCGAGAGAGUUGAUGGUCAGUGGUUUAUAUGUAUUCAUCAUGCUUCCUAUGUUGAUCUCUGAAAAUCAAGAAUGUAAUAAUCUCAACAACUCUGUAAUGCACGAGUCCUUUUUGUCAUGUAAUAUUUUUAUACUAAUCGCAGGAAAAUUUGUCCGAAA